CCAAUUGAUCAUUCCUAUUCCCUUGACCGUUUCCACCACACACGACAACACCAUCGGACAAACCUAGGGGCCAUAGGAAUACUGAAUGAUUGCCACUAUCUGAUGCAUAUAAGUUAAAACUAGCAUCGACAUAAAUACCAAACGAAUAUACGCCAGAAGCUAUGGCAACACCAGUUUGUUCAACAAAAGUAAAUUUUAGUAUAGGAUAAUUGUUAACAUCCGAAACAUAGAGAUUUUCAAAAUUAUCAAUAAAGAGACUUGUGGGAGAGGCUACAGAAAUCGUAGAGACUCUCGAGGCUGAAGUCCAUUUUGAGAUGAAACCAUUUCCAAAUUCCGCCACAUAAAUAUUAUUCGAAGCAUCAACAACCACAUCAAGUGGCUGACUCAGAAGAUUUUCAUAACUAUUAUGAUUAUAGUUAUAGCUAAGAGGUGUCAUAGUUUGUCCACUUGCCGCCCAUUGAGCCAUUGAACAUACAAAUAUAUCUGUGGAAGAUUGACCUUAAGCAGAUGAACAAUGAUCUGAAGAUAGGACUUAUGACUUCAGAAAAGAGUGACGAGGGAAGAUUCCUAAGUGAUCCACUUCGGUUUUGUGCAGUCUUCCGUACAUCCUACUUCAAAAAGAAAUUCUGAUUAAGCCAUUCAAAAGAGCAUCAAAUACUGAGUAAGAUAAAAGUAGUCUGGAAAUUAAAUGAGAGAAUUUGACCCAUCUUUUAGUCCGAAAAUCGACAUCAUUGAUGAUAAUUCUUUUUGUAUCUUUUCUGUAUCGUGGUGCAAAUAUGGAGACCUAUCUCAUUCGAAAGAGAAUUCGAUUCUGAACAAGAAUAUCACAUUUAAAUAUUUUCAAACAUUGGUGCGAACUCUAAAAAAGGGUUUCUGGAAACUGAGAUCCAAAAACCAAUUCUCUACGUUUGACCAAAAGCUUCACGCGAUAGAGCAAGCAUUUCUGAACAAAAUGAGAUGUCUCCGAUUUCUUCAUGACCAUUCUUCAUCGAACUGCGCUAAAUUUGUGAAAGACUUCAAAGGUAUUUUUGUAUUCUCUUUCAAAAAUUUCACGGAUGCUGUAUUUGACGGUUCGAAGCCUUUCGUACAUUGAGCGCGGUUCGAUGAAGAAUGAUCUUGGAGAAAUCGGAGACGUCCAUUUAAUCAGAAAUGUUUGUUCUAUUGAGUGGAGCUGUUUGCAAGAAGGUUUUAGUUGAACGUAGAGAAUUGGUUGCUAGUUUAUUACUCUUUUAGUUUUUAGUAGUAGGUUACCUCAAUCUAUCUCCAAUAUUUGAUUUAAAAUUGUAUCUACAGCUUUUAUGCUUUAGUCUUCAUUCUUAAAAGUUUAAGUCUCAGUCUCACCAUUGAUCUUAAACCCUUAGUUUUUGGUCUAUACGUUCCGGCCAUUACCCUUUAAUCAUUCGACUUUAAGUUUUACUUUUUAAUCUUAAUCUUUUAGUCUUAGGUUUUUAGUGCUUACACUUUAGUGUUUGAUCUUUUGUCUUUAAUUUACGAUUUUUAUUUUUUAUUCUUCGGUCUUUACUCAUCAGUCUCUGAUUAAUUUUAAGUCUCUAGUUUUCAGUCUUUUCUUUUUGGUCUUUACUUCUAGACCUUAGUGCGUGGUCCCUAGUUUUUGGCUUUCGGCCUUUAGUGUUUAGGCUUUCAUUGUCAGUCUUCAGUCUUUUGUCAUUGGCUUCUGAUGUUUGUACUUUUUAGUCUUUACCUCUCGUCUUCUGUAUCUUUACGCUUUAGUACGAAGUCUUCAAUGCACUAAGAACUAAAAGCUAAUUGGACACUAUAGGCUGAGAAAAACAGACUACUGACUAAAUACUAAAGACUAAAGACUAAGGAUGAUUGACUAGAGGGUAGAGACUCAAAACUAAGAACUAACGAUUCAGUAUUAAAAACUUAAUAUUGAAGAUCAGAAAGUAAUUUUUAUCGGACUCAGCGUUAAAAACUAAUAUAGGAAUGGUGCUUCAUCAAUUCCGAAGUUAAAAGCCUAUUCAAGCUGGGCGUCCCCAGCCAUCCCUCUAAAGUGCAGGCAUACAAUUUUGUAAACCUAUGUAGUUUUUUGUGUUUAUUAGACCUUUCAGUUAUUCUGGAAAGCAAAUUGUAGACUAUUGUGCAUUAUUCAGUGAAACUUCUAAGUAAAGUAUGAUGAUAAAUGCUUUAAAAAAAGUGACAAAUUUCGACUGUUAUGUAAGAUGUACCUAAGGCAGAGUUUAAGUUAAAAAAACUUGUACACUUUGUAUACACCAUUCGAUAGAAAAUUGAACGAUGGUGACGACUAGACUAGCCCGGCCUUUGAAAAUUAUUUACAUGUUGAUACAUUAGAAAAAUUAAAAACAAUGCUCAGUGAUAUAGAAAAAGCACAAGAUCUUGCAACUGAUUUACAAAAUUAUUCAUAUCGUUCGUAUGAAGGUUUCACCUGUUUAUUACAAAUUUCAACUCGUACAACUGAUUAUAUUGCUAAUUGUUUAUAA